CUAGAACCCUACACGAAUUGCCAUGUGUGAGGACACUUGUCACCAGAAAACAAACCAAGCACCUUCUCUUGACAACACGAAACUUGUUUUGCCACGUGUGGUAUAUAUAUAUAUACAUACAUUAUUAACUAGACAUAUUCAUCAACUCACUUGAGUAGACAUAUUCAUCAACUCACUUGAGUUUGGCAAGAAAAGAAAGUGAAACUUUUCCAAAAAAAUUAAAUAAUAAAUAAAAAUAAAAAAAGAAGAAGAAAAGAAAGUGAAGAAAUUAAGCUGAAUCCAUGGGUGAAGAGUUCAAGCUAGUGUCGCCUAGUAUAAACAAAGAGGGCAGACUGCCCCGGAAGUACACUGGGGGGCAGGGUGCCCUAAAGAACCUAUCCCCACCGUUGGAAUGGUACAACGUCCCAGAAGCAACCAAGAGCUUAGCUUUGGUAGUGCAGGAUAUAGAUGCUCCUGAUCCACGUGGGCCCAUCGUGCCAUGGACCGUUUGGGUGGUGGUCAACAUACCGCCCACCUUGAAGGGCCUGCCGGAGGGAUUCUCCGGGAAGGAGGAGGAGGAGGUGGGCGGCGAUUAUGCCGGCAUCAAAGAAGGAAACAAUGAUUACAAGGUUCUGGGGUGGCGUGGGCCUAAGCUGCCCUCUCAUGGACACCGGUUCGAGUUCAAGCUGUAUGCACUGGAUGAUGACUUGCAUCUGGGGCACAAGGUGACAAAGGAGAAAGUGUUGGAGGCAAUUGAAGGACAUGUGCUUGGGGAGGCAGUCUUGAUUGCCAUAUUCUGAUCAUUACAUGACUUUUGGAUGGACGUACCAACUCGAUCUUCUCUGUAUUUCUGUGUGUAUGCAUGUGUGUUUUAAUUGAUCGAACGGCCAGUUUCGAUCUACUUUGCAUUUGUUCUAAUUAAGUUCUCUGGCUCUUUUUCUUUGUACUCUUUUAAUGUUUGGCGGUUUUUAAUUUAUUUUGUUAGUAUAUAUGGAAAAUGAUCCAUUGAGCAGCUGUGUUAAUUAUGAAUUCUAUUUUUUUUUUUUAUUCUUUUUAAAUACACACACACACACAUAUAUAUUCCAUUUUUAAAUCACUUCUAAUGCUGGUCAGCUAGUCCCUUUUUAUUUUUAUUUUAUUUUUUUUUAUUUUAUUUUUUUUUUUUUUCACUGCUGGUCAGCUAGUCUAAAAUGUUCAAAAGCAUGGUUAAAAUUUGAUAGGCUAGAGGUAGGUGUUCAAAAGCAUGGUUAGAAUUUGACACACUUAGAGGUAGGGAUGGCAAAA